AUGUCAAUCAACUCCUCGUCGAACUCCGAUUGUGCUUCCAUCAUUCCCCCGACAUGCAUGCACAGAGUGACUAAAGGAUACGUAUUCAUUAGCCUUUCACUCGCAACCAUCGCUCUUAUCCUCCCUCUCUCCAUCACCGUCCUCCACCUGGGUUUUCAGCAGUGGAGACGUUCUGUUUCCUCGCCAUCGUCCGUGAGUUUUUCGGACUUCUUCACGUACAACCUGGCUGUCAUGGAGCUGAUCGGAGUUUUUGGUUUUGUCGUGAGAAUCGCUGCGUCAUUCAGCCGUCUUCAGGUGCUGUCAUCAGUCGGGCUCUUCACUACAGUUUUCCCCUGGAAUGGACAGAUGUUUUUCCCGAUCCUAAGCAGUGUGGAUCGCUACCUGGCGGUUGUUCACCCAAUAAUCUACCUGAGACUGAAACAGAGGCGUGGCGUCUGUAUCAGGAAUCUCUGCACCACUGCUGUCUAG